ACUUCAGGAUUACUGAUGAUUGUUCUCAUAUAUCACAAAAUCUACUCCAUCAAGAUACUGAUUGUGUUAUUUCUUUUUUUAGUGCCUUCGCCAACAAACGUUGUAAUAGAAUCUUUGAACUUCGUAACUAGAUUGCGCUGGGAUUACAUGAGCAUGCCUUCAAUCCCUCACUUUAUCGUGGAAAUCAAACCUUAUGAGUUAGGGAAAUAUAAGACAGUCAGCACCUGCGUGAAAACAAUAAAACAUUAUUGUGACCUCUCUAAUGAAAUAGAAGAACCCAGUCAGUCUUACUGGGCUAGAGUUAAAGCUUUAAUUGAGUCUGAAGAGUCUGAGUUUGUUGAGACUAAAGAAUUUGUCCUGCGACGGGAUGGAAAAAUAGGAGCACCUACUCUGAAUGUUUCAAUUGAGACAAAUGAAAUCAAGGUUGAGAUUCACCACCCAUAUCGGAAACUACCUCCCACUGUCAGAAGAAAGAAAGACUUCACCUACACGGUGUUUUUGCGGUCCAGUGAAGAUCCGAUCAAAGAGUUUCAAACAGACCUAUGUAAGAAGAAUACAUGUAGCAUAUACAUUCCACUCAUUUCUAUGAGGUCCACUUACUGUGUGUCAGCUAAAGGACAUUCGUCAAUGGUUUCAGAUAGAGGAUUUUCCCAAUCAAAUGAAAGUUGCAUUCAUGUUACUUUUACCCAGCCACAAGACUUCAAAAUGAUUAUAAUUGGUGUUGCUGUUGUCUUUGCCGUUGGACUUAUUUUGGCAAUGUAUUGCCUUUGCAAACAACUAAAGAAGAGAAAAAUUGAACUACCCAAGUCAUUGGUCACUGUGGUACGAAACCUGAACUCGCACAACAUUUUAGAAACAAAACCAGAAGCAAAAUAUAUCUCUGUCAUAACCGCAUCAUCAUCCAAGCCUGUAUUGUCAGAAAGUGACAAGGUAAACUUGAUGGAACAAGUAGACCAAGUUCAAGAAAUAGAGACCCCUAAUUCUGAAGACUGCAGUGAAGAAACAGACGAUGUCAUCUUCCAGGAGAUAUCAAACAAAACAGAAGAGAUGUCUAUCCAAGAAAGCAUUGCUGAAAUAACGCCUGAUGAUGAACAAAGCCCAAAAGUGAAAGAGAAUUAUUUUCAUUCUAAUAGUAGCCAAACAGAGUUAUGUAGUAUUCAGUCAAGCCCAGAGCCAUCCAAUACUGAGGUGCAACAGUCCAAUGUCCUAAAGAGCUGCAGCAUGUUUUCUGGUUAUGACAAACCUCACGUACUGUUGGAUCUCAUAGAUGCUGAUGAAGAGGAAUCUGUGAUUGCAUAUAGACAUACUGAUGAAGGGCCUGAGUCAGGAAGAGAAUUAUUGAAGACUCAGGGAGUCCCUUUUGGUGUCCACAGCACAGUCGUUUCAAAGUAUCAGCAUCUUAAUGGGAUUACCAGUGUGACUUCUUAGAGCAGAAUCCUGAAAUUGAAGAGAAUUCAAAUGGAAACUAUCAUAGGUAUGGAGAGCAUUUCUCUGACUAUAAAGGCUCCAAAAAAUGCAAAUCGGCUAUGAGAUCUCCUUUUCAAAAUCCCUUCUGCCACUGUGAAAAUGGAGUUCUUCCCUUUUACUGUGAAGAUGUAGCAAGAAUAUUUAGUCAGAUUGCCUCACAUUAAAUCACAUGAUGGUUUGCCUUCGACAUAUUCUUUUAGGCUAUUAAAGAAAAAUCUUUAUAUUGAAGGAAGGAUUCUCCAGUAUCUUCCCAAUAGUGUAUUGAAGAAUCCUCUAUACAUCAUAUGUGUUUUGUAUGUGACCAAGAACAGAUACAAUUGGAGCAUGUUCUGGAACUAGAAGUGCUUUUGCAUGGUGGAGCAUAAAUGUGUACAACUACACUAAUUGCAAAAUCAUAUGCCACUCCUUCAGAAUACCCAUAUUAUGUACAUUUACAUGUUUUUAAACUGUUAUCACGUGUGCUUAAGCUUUAUCCAUAUUUUCUAUACUGAUGCUGUGUUGUGUAAUCACAUCUUGUUUUCUGAAAAAAAUGUUUAACACUUUUUCUUUUAAAGAAUAAAGAUAAAAAUGCUUAGAAGAAAUGUGGAUUGCCAAACUUUCCAUUGCAUUUUGAUAGAAAAUGUAGUUAUUUUUACAAAUUGAAAAUAUUAAUUUAAUAGCAUCUUUUUAAUCAUCUUGAGAGAACAGAUUUUUUGUUGUUGUUGUAUAUAAUUUGGUGUAAUUAAUUAGAUCCCCUGCUGGAUCUCUGAAGCAUAAAGCUAUCAAAUUGAAGCUAGAAUGUUUAGGUUUUAUAUCUCAAGUCUUUAUUACUAUAAAAAUGCUUCUAAAGGCUUGACGAUUGCGAUCUAAAUGUAAUGUCCCCUGUAGAUCUUAUUGUUUUGCCAGAAGCUUUUUAAAAGGGAUCCAAAUAAAGCAAAAGUCUGGAAAUGUA